GCGCCCCUAAACGUCAAAGCUGGAUGUCAGAGGAAAGGACUGAUGAAUGAUUGGACCGACUCCAUUGGGAGGGUGCUUAGGCCAAAAAUGAAGAAAUAUUUUACAUGGGAAAUAAAUCUACGGUCAAUGAAUUGUUUAUUCGAGAUUCUAAGCUAUUAAUACGUUACUGACUCAGCGCUGAUCACACAAUUGAAUUAUUCUGAUUCGGAUUUUUUUCACGAUAAUUUCCCCCCCCUAGAAUCCGCCAAUUUACCGUUUUUUUUUUUGUUAAAGUUUUUUCCUUGAUGACAAAGACAAAUUUAAGGUUGGAAUUGGCGAUGUGGUUGUCGGAUUAUCAUAGUUCCGGUAAUACCGUUGCACCCGCAGCUGGUUACGGUAAUUUAAGUCUUGGCACGGAUCGAAGUGUGCGACGAAAAUUAUCGACGGUGGAAAAGGAAAUAAAUAAGAUUAAUGACUUCAGCGGGAGCAAACGAGCGAACAGCCCACCGCCUAGCCAACGACACAUCCCGCUCCACAGUCUAUUACACUUGUCUGCCUGAGUGUAGCAAGCAAUCUUCGGUGUCUUCUACAUAUCUUGCUAUAGCUCUUGACGCGCGAUCACUCCUGGUGAUCCUCUGCUAUCGGCAAAAUGAGACCUAUUCUGCUUCAGGGCCAUGAACGGUCUCUCAACCAAAUAAAAUUCAACCGUGACGGUGACCUGCUUUUCUCAGUGGCAAAGGACAAGAUUCUCUGCUCAUGGUUCUCCGCAAACGGUGAACGACUAGGCACUUAUGAAGGCCACCAGGGUGCCGUGUGGACUGUCGAUGUUACUCCAAACAGUGUUCUCGUCGCUACCGGCGCCGCAGACAAUACCAUCAGACUGUGGAAUACGAAGACCGGCGAGUGUGUCAAGGUGUGGGAUUUCCCCACGGCGGUCAAGCGGGUAGAGUUCAGCCCGGAUGGCAAGCGGUUAUUGGGCGUAACUGAGAAGCGAAUGGGAUACCUGGCUACGAUUGUGGUCUUCGAUAUACGGUACGGUGAUGGGGAAGGAAACAACUUGUACGACCAACCCGAAGAACCUUCUUUGAAAAUCACAUGCGAGGAGAGCAAGGCGACGGUUGCUGGCUGGAGUUUCUUGUCGAAAUAUAUCAUUGCUGGACAUGAGGAUGGCAGUGUCAGCCAGUAUGACUCCAAGACCGGAGAGCAGCUCGAAAAUGUCCAAGCCCAUGAAUUCGACUACCAAAUUAACGACAUCCAAUUCUCCCCUGACCGAACUUACUUCAUCACUGCAUGCAAAGAUAAGAGUGCCAAGAUUAUCUCCUCUCGAAACCUCGCCAUCCUUAAAACCUACGUAGCAGACACCCCCCUCAAUACCGCCGCCAUCACCACCAAGAAAGACUUUGUAAUUCUCGGCGGUGGUCAAGCAGCCAUGGACGUCACCACCACUGAUGCCCGACAAGGAAAGUUCGAAGCCCGGUUUUACCACAAGAUCUUCGAGGACGAGAUUGGCCGUGUCAAGGGCCACUUCGGCCCUCUGAACACGAUUGCCGCGCACCCGCUCGGCACUGGCUAUGCCUCUGGAGGAGAGGACGGAUACGUGCGUGUCCACCAUUUUGAUAAGCCGUAUUUUGAUUUCAAGUACGAGGUUGAGCGGGAGCAGAUGCUGAAAUGAUGUCCCGGGAGAGAACGGAGGAGCUUUAAUUAGGUAUUGCUGGUUGGUUGUUGCUUGUUGUGUGCUGAUGAUGGGGAUGGGUCGAGAUGGACGGGAAGUUGUUGUGGGGGUGUUUUUUUCUUUCUUAUUUCCUUGUUCUUUUAACCUUUCUCUCUGCCUUUCAUUUCAGCCUAUGCGCUCCUCUUUUUCCUCAUGUUUCGAGUGAUAGCCUCCGAUUUCAUUUGUUUCUUGUAUCUCUUUUCCUUUUAACGUUAUUCUAACGCUGUCACAUGGAUAUCUGCUUUUUUUUUUUUUUUUUUUUUUUUUUUUUUUUUUUUUUUUUCCCUCUCGCCGCAUAAAAAUGGGUUUCCCGGUUUCUAUUCCUUCAGUUGUUAAGGGGUUCCUUGGAAGGCAACUUAUAUUUUGAUCCUUGAAAAAUAAUAAUACAAGCUCUGUCAAUGUUAUACUCCAACACUGUUAUAUACUUCUACUUCAGAAGGUUUUGUGAUUCAAAGGUUGCUUAGGUCAGUGUAUUAUUGCGAUUAUUGCGACAAUGAGCUCCUCAAAAGACAAGGCGAGCUUUCGACGGCGCACCGUGGCUUCCGUCCAGGGCACAAAUGAAGCUUUCAAAUGAAGAAGGCCCAAUCCGUCGUCGUGCAUUGAGUUUGAAUUUGCGAGCGGCCCAAUAACUUAUAAUAAUAACUCGCAUUCUUCGUUUCCUCUGAUACAGAACAACUUCCGCACAACCAGUGAUGAUUUAGGAAGGCAAGUUCAAGCAACCAAUCAAGCACCCCGAAAACUCUUGAUUAUGCAUUGGCGCCAUCAGCGGGCACCAUUCCUUCAGAUGAUACAACCCCCCUCCCUUCCAGCUAUAUAGCCUAGCCUUUCUCCAAGAUUUCUGCACAAGAAACUAUCUGUAG